AUGGGUGAUGAAAAGCAGAUAUCGUACAAUAAUGUAGAACAGAAGAUAUCAUGGAACAAGAAAAAUGAACCACCAUCUACCACACCAAAGGUCAGUCUUCAUCCAGAGAAGGGUGAGAAGCAUCUUGGACUUCAGUCUUACCUACACCUUUCCAUGUGGUCUUUUAAUCACACUGCUUCUAAUUGGCCCACCUUCUCCUUCAUUGGUAUUCCUGGUCUGGAGGCUGCCCAAAUAUGGAUCUCCAUUCCCUUCUGCCUCCUGUACUUCCUAGCCCUUGUGGGAAAUGCUCUUCUGCUUAUCCUAGUUAAAGCAGAACGGAAUCUUCAUGAACCUCAGUUCUAUUUCUUGGCCGUGCUGGCCCUUACAGACCUAGGCCUUUCAUUGUCUACAAUGCCCAGUGUCUUGGCUAUUUUCUGGUUCAAUGUCCACUACAUUGGCCUGGACGCCUGCUUAACCCAAAUGUUCUUCAUCCACGCCCUCUCCUCAGUAGAAUCAGGUGUCCUGGUAGCCAUGGCUUUUGACCGCUUGGUAGCUGUCUGCGCUCCACUGAACUACACCGGGCUCCUGACCCACUCUACUGUCGCCUGCCUUGGCGGAGCUGCUGUCAUACGCGGUGCCACCCUGGUGGCCCCUCUGCCUUUCCUCCUCAGGACCCUUCCUUUCUGUGGGGCCAAUAUGCUCUCACACUCUUACUGCUACCUCCCUGAUAUGCUGAACUUGGCCUGUGGAGACGCCUCUUUUAGCGCUGUCUAUGGAUUGGUCUUUGUACUCUUCACAUUUGCAGUAGAUGUUGUCUUCAUCUUAGCUUCAUACAUGAAGAUCUUGGCCACUGUUAUAAAGCUGGAGAAUCAAGACAGAAACUGGAAAUCACUGCAUACCUGUGCCUGUCACCUAUGCACAGUAUUUGUGUUUUAUCUGCCCCUCAUCAGCUUGGCGGUGCUGCAUCGCUACACUCAGAACAUUUCCCCAAUUCUGUGUACCAGCAUGAGUAAUGCCUACCUCCUCAUGACACCACUGCUCAACCCUCUUGUCUACAGUCUCAAAUCCAGGCAGAUCCAGGCUGCUCUGCGCAAGCGAUUUUGGGUGCAACGUGUUAUUGCUGGAGAAUGA